GUUAAGAGUAAACCGUGCACGCUGUUUGUGCGCGCUCCCGCCGCUGCUUCACCCCACUGUCACUGUUUGUAUCGUCCCGUCGAGUGGAAACAUCCCACGGCACCCACGAUGACCAUCAACACCCUAGCGAGAGGAGGCUGGCACCGGGAACAAAUGACAUGCUUCCGCAAGAUGGAGAAAGUGAUUGUGGCCAUGCAGGACCCUGACAUGGGCGUCAAGAUGAGGAACCAGAGGCUCCUUAUAACUGUCAUCCCGCACGCCAUGACAGGCCGUGACAUCAUUGAGUGGCUGGUCCACAAAUACAACAUAUGUGAAGAAGAGGCUUUGCAUCUCGGUGGCAUGCUGGUGAGGUAUGGCUAUAUGUACCCUCUCAAGGAGCCCCGAUCCCUUGUGCUGCAUCCCGACGAGUCACCCUACCGCUUCCAGACGCCUUACUUCUGGACCAGUACUCGGUGGCCUGCUUCUGAGCUGGACUAUGCAAUCUACCUGGCUAAAAAGAACAUCAGAAAACAAGGAGAGCUGAUGGAAUAUGAAAAGGAGCGGUACAGUCUGUUGCACAAGAGGAUCAACCACACUUGGGACUUUGUGGUGAUGCAAGCCAGAGAGCAGCUCAGAGCAUCCAAACAAAGGCGGAAGGCGGACCGUAUUGUUCUAGAAUGUCAGGAGCAGGCGUACUGGCUCAUCAACAGACCCCCGCCCGGGGUGCAUAACGUGCUCGACAUGGGUCUUGAAAGACCAAAAAACUACAAUUUACAAGUUGUGCUGAAUAGCGACUACUACAAAAGAGAGAUUGAUACAUGUAGAAGGGCCCUGGGAAGAAACCGUGUCAAGUCAUCCAUUUGCUUGGAAGGUUUUUUGAAAUUCAGCGAGCAGUACCAGAACCACGAUCCCAUUAUGCAGGGCUGUCUUCCCAGUAACCCCUGGAUCUCUGAUGACACUGCACUUUGGAGCAUGAAUGCCGACAUGGUCCCCGUCCCGACUCGUCUUCGCGUGGAACGCUGGAGCUUCAGCUUCAUGGCGCUUCUCAAUGACACCAUGGGGAGGCGGGAAUUCAUGACUUACCUGGAGAAAGAGUUUAGCGCGGAGAAUUUGUGCUUCUGGCAGGCCUGUGAGGAUAUCAGACACGGGGAAAGUUCCAAGAUUGUAGAGAAGGUGGAAGAAAUAUACAAAAACUUCUUGGCACCCGGAGCGGCACGCUGGGUGAACAUUGACAGUAAAACCAUGGAUAAGACCUUGGAGGGCAUCAAACACCCGCAUCGCUUCGUCAUGGACGAUGCUCAAAUGCACAUCUACUUCCUCAUGAAGAAGGAUUCUUAUCCCAGAUAUCUUAAAUCGGAUCUUUACAAGAACAUGCUGGCCCGAGCCAUUAUUCCUCAGGAGACCAAGAAAAGCGUGUUCCCCUUCAUGAGGAAACAACGGCACUCCAGCCCCUCCCCUGCUCAGGCGGCCAGCCGUGAAGACGGGCAUGCCAAAGGGUCUGGGCAGGCGGGUACCAGCUCUGCGGCCGUCUGAUGCCUGAUCCAGGCAUUCAGUCCAACUAUGCAACAGCUAAAGCUUCUCUCUCUCUCUAUACAGUAUGUAAUCCUUAUGUAAGAAAUAAAUGACAUAUAUAUAUAUAUAUAUAUAUAUAUAUAUAUAUAUAUAUAUAUAUAUAUAUAUAUAACAUAUAUACAGAGCACAUAGCGAUGCACCUCAGCAAGCAUCAAGUUGCAUUCCCAAAGCACCAGCAGUUUACAAAAGAGCUUUUAGUGCAAUAGCAACACCCUGCAGAGUAUUCAAUGUGAUGCACAUCCUCCUAAAAUGCUUGAUAUUGACUCCUGGUUCAUUUAUCUCCGUCCAUUUUAUAACUGUCGUACUCAUUUUAUGGAAAAUGGAUGUUCCUAUAGAGCAAUAGAGACGGCCAUUUUGUCAUUUUUCCUCUCAGCAUGUUUGUAUGGUUUAGCGUAUAAUUCAGAAGUGUCCAAACCUUUUCCAACCAGGUCCAUACGGUGACAAAAGGAUGCAAGGGUCAUGUUGAUAUUUUGUGUAGCAACACAUGUAGAUACUGUAUGCUAAGAAGUUAUAUACGUUUAUUAUUUAUGCUGUUGUUUUUUUUUUAAAUUAAAUAAUUAACUAAAUGAAUUAUAAUAUAGUGGUCAUUAAAGCAGGAGCAAUUAUAAAUUAUAAUAAUAAUAAAUAAAUGAAUAAUAAUUUAAUAAAUAAAUGUAUUUAAUUAAUUAAUUAACAAUAAAUAAUUAAUGAAUUUAAUAAUCUUCAGAAAUUUUCUUUAUUUUUUUUUACUUUUACACCAACCUAUUUUUUUGGCUUUGUUUUUUUCUCAUAGUAUUAUGAUUUUCUUUCAUACAAAAUAACAUUUUUUGUAAUAUUUUAGCUUACUUUUUUCACUCAUAAUAUUACAAAUUUAUUCUUGUAAAAUGUGACUUUUUUCUCAGUAUACUGCUUUUUUCUCUUAAUAUUUUGACUUGAAUAAGAGCUGUUUUUUGGAAUAUUUCAACUUCAUGCUACUAAAAUGAUGCUACUUUACCUCAUAUUACAUCAUUAUUUAAUCACGAUUUUUUUCUCGUUAAUUUGUUGUAGAAUUACAGCAGAUUUUUCCAUUUUUGCUGGGUGGUUUUCUUGUUAAAUGAUAUUUUUGGACUGUGCUGCAGGCCAAUAAAGGGGGGCUCCCAGGCCGCACUUUGGACACUCCUGCUUUAAUGGCUGCUUUUAUUCAUCCCCAAACUGGAAUAACCGAUUGUGACCACUGUCAUGUUUGCUUGAGCAUGUUUACAUCGCAAUAAAACAUCAUUAUUACUUCAAUUGUUGAACUUGUGUUUUCUUUUCCUCGGGAUGUGUUUCAGGCCGACUGGCUCCCUCUGUUGGCCAACACUGGUAAAGCUACAAAGGA